GAAGCUGUAUGUCAGAAAUUAAAAGAUCCUGUGAUUAAAAAUGUGUACUCUUUAGAUUAUAAAGAAAUUCUGGAGCAGUCCAUAGAUGGAAGAAUAAUUAUUGCUAAUUAUAAAAAAGAAACAAAACUGAACAGACAAUUACAUUCAAAGCUUGUUGAUGUGAUUAUUACGCAUUUAAUGUCUCUAUUUUGUGGUGAACAAGAAAUACCUUUAAAAAACGAACAUUUUGAGUUCAUCGCAAUGCAAAUUAUAAAAAUAUUCCCAACUGAAAAUAUUAGUAUUUAUUACUGUCCACCCAAAACUGAAGGGCCUCAGCAAAAAAUUUCUAAAGGAAAAUUAGUUGAUUGCUAUCGAAAUAAGUUACGAGAUUGUCGAAAAUGUGGACUUAUAAGUAAAAAAAGAAAAAGAUCUCAAGACAAAGAAAUAGAAUCAGAUGAGGAAGAUGCAGAGUCAACUUCUCAUGGUACAUAUACAUACAUAUUUUUCCUCUGAACACAAAUACACACACAUACGCGCGCGAGGGGUGAAUGUUUAAAAAGUAUCAUCUAAAAUCAUAAAUAUUGACUUUACUGAAUAUUUUUAGGUAGGUAAAU